GACGUCAUCAGAAAGGGCCCUCGGACUCGUGCUUCCUUAUUCUUUCUUCAAACUUCACUCCUCAAAUGUAUGCAGUUGUCCUACUCAAAGCUGCAUCUAGAUUUCUGAGAUGGAGGUUAGUGCAGGGAGCAGCGCCACUUUUCAGUUUUCAGAACAUCUGACUCUGCCAAUGGAAAAUGACAACUGCAUCUACUACUGUCUGUCACAUGUGGUAUCUCCGCCAUCCAGGCAGUAAUCUGUCAAGGAAAUGCUGUCAUUCAGGGAUGUGGCCAUUGAUUUCUCUGAAGAGGAGUGGGAAUGCCUAGGUCCUGCUCAGUGGAAUUUGUACAGGGAUGUGAUGCUGGAGAAUUACAGCCACCUUGUGUUCCUGGGUCUUGCUUUGUCUAAGCCAUAUCUGGUCACAUGUCUGGAGAAAAUACAAGAGACUUCAGGUGUGAAAAGAGGAGGAGCUCCAUUUAUGCUCCCAGGAGGAAAAUGCUAUACGUGCACAGAGUGUGGCAAAAUCUUUGAGUGGAAAAAAGUGUUUCAAAAUCACCAGAUGCUUGAUUUACGAAUGAAUCCCUACAAGUGUGAAGAAUGUGCCAAGUCUUUCCAUAGUCCAUCAUUAAGUUCUAAAGAGAGCAGAAUUCAUACAGGAGGGAAACCUUACAAAUGUGAAGUUUGUGGCAAGGCCUUCUGCAUUCCAUUAUUACUUUCUAAACACAAGAUAAUUCAUACAGUAGAGAAACCCUACAAGUGUGAUAUAUGUGGCAAGGCCUUCCAAUAUCCAUCAAAACUUUCCAGACAUAAACAGAUUCAUUCAGAAGAGAAACCAUACAAGUGUGAAGUAUGUGGAAUGGCCUUCCACUUUCCAUCAUUACUUUUGGUACACAAGCGAAUUCAUACAGGAGAGAAGCCAUACAAGUGUGAAGAAUGUGGCAAGGCCUUCCGCAAUUCAUCAUUUCUUUCUAAACACAAAAUAAUUCAUAGAGGAGAAAAACCCUACAAGUGUGAGGUAUGUGGCAAGGACUUCCAUUAUCCAUCAAGACUUUACAACCAUAAGAAAAUCCAUUCAGGAGAGAAACCAUACAAGUGUGAAUUAUGUGGGAAGGCCUUCUGUUUUCCUUCAUCACUAUCUAAACACAAGAGAAUUCACACAGGAGAGAAACCAUACAAAUGUAAAGAGUGUGAAAAGCCCUUCUGCUAUCUGUCCUCACUUUCUAAACACAAGAUCAUUCAUACAGGAGAGAAACCCUACAAGUGUGACUUAUGUGGCAAGGCCUUCCGUUAUCCAUCAUUACUUUCUGAACACAAGGUAAUUCAUACAGGAAAUAAACCCUACAAGUGUGAAGUAUGUGGCAAAGCCUUCCAUUUUUCCUCACAACUUAAAAAGCAUAAGAAAAUUCAUGGGGCUGGAGACAUGGCUCAGUAGUUAAAUCAACUGUCUGCACUUUCAAUUGUGCUGUCCUGAGUUCAAUUCCUGGCAACUACAUGCUGGCUCACAACCAUGUAUGAUGGAAUCUGUUUCCCUAUUCUGGUAUGUAGGGAUACAUGCAGGUAGAGAACUCAUACACAUAAAAUAAAUAUGUUAUUUUAAAAAUUGAUGGUAUGUUACCUGGUGCCUAAAAAAGAAUACCAGAGAACAACCAACGCUACUAAUGGAAUAAUGUGGCAAGGACUUCCAAUGACCAGCACUAUUUUCUAACCCCAAGAGAAAUCAUAUGGGAAAGAAACCCUCCAAUUAGGAAGUAUGUAGCCUGAUCCUCUAUUGUCCAUAAUUACUUUCUGAACACAGGAGAAUACACACAGGUUAGAAACCCUACAUUUAUUAAGUGCAAGUCAACUCCUUUAGAAUUUGCCAGUUUUUUCUACUCGUUUUAUGUGGAAAAGCCUUUUCUACAAAUAUACACCAGUGUUUACACAAAUUAACUCAUAGUGUGGUGAUAUUUACAAAUACAAAGAAUAUGUCCAAGUGUUCAAAAAAAAACUUUAGGGAUCAUCAAAAAUUCAUUUUUGAGGAAAGCAGAAAACCCGGUCUGACCAGGGUCACAAGUCCCUUCCAGUCGGCCCAAGCACCGGGUCACCUUGGGCUCGAAGUCCGCAGGCACCCCCAAGGUCCCUAGGGACACAAUGAAACUAACAAAAGUUAUGAACAUGGAUUUAACAGAUAUCUACAGAACAUUUUAUCCUAAAGCAAAAGGAUAUACCUUCUUCUCAUCACCUCAUGGUACCUUCUCCAAAAUUGACCAUAUAAUUGGUCACAAAAUAGGCCUCAACAGAUACAAAAAUAUGGAAAUCAGUCUGGCAGUUCCUCAGAAAAUUGGACAUAGUACUACCAGAGGGUUGUCCAAUACCUCUCCUGGGCAUCUAUCCAGAAGAUGUUCCAACUGGUAAGAAAGACACAUGCUCCACUAUGUUCAUAGCAGCCUUAUUUAUAAUAGCCAGAAGCUGGAAAAAACCUAGAUGUCCCUCAACAGAGGAAUGGAUACAGAAAAUGUGGUACAUUUACAUAAUGGAGUACUUCUCAGCUAUUAAAAAGAAUGAAUUUUUGAAAUUUCUAGGCAAAUGGAUGGACCUGGAGGGCAUCAUCCUGAGUGAGGUAACCCAAUCACAAAAGAACUCACAUGAUAUGUACUCACUGAUAAGUGGAUAUUAUCCCAGAAAUUUAGAAUAUCCAAGAUACAAGAUACAAUUUGCAAAACACAUGAAACUCAAGAAGAACAAAGAGCAAAGUGUGGAGACUUUGCCCAUUCUUAAAAUUGGGAACAAAACACCCAUGGAAAGAGUUACAGAGACAAAGUUUGGAGCUGAGAUGAAAGGAUGGACCAUCUAGAGACUGCCAUACCCAGGGAUCCAUCCUAUAAUCAGCCACCAAACGCUGACACCAUUUCAUACACUAGAAAGAUUUUGCUGAAAGGAUCCAGAUAUAGCUGUCUCUUAUGAGGCUAUGCCAGGGCCCAGCAAAUAGAGAAGUGGAUGCUCACAGUCAGCUACUGGAUGGAUCACAGGGUUCCCAAUGGUGGAGCUAGAGAAAGUACCCAAGGAGCUAAAGAGGUCUGCACCCCUAUAGGUGGAACAACAAUAUGAACUAACCAGUACCCCCCAGAGCUCGUGUCUUUACCUGCAUAUGUAUCAGGAGAUGGCCUAGUCGACCAUCAUUGGAAAGAGAGGCCCAUUGGUCUUGCAAACUUUAUAUGCUUCAGUAAAAGGGAACGCCAGGGCUAAGAAGUGGGAGUGGGUGGGUAGAGGAUUGGGAGCAAUGGUAUAGGGGACUUUUGGGAUAGUAUUGGAAAUGUAAAUGAAGAAAAUACCCAAUGAAAAAAUUUUUUUAAAAAUUAAGAGAACUGUAAAUAAAUAAAUAAAUAAAUGUCAUCAACCCAUGAAGAAAAAAAAUUUCAUUUUGCAGAGAAAACAUAUAAAUCUAAAGAAUGUGGCAAAUAUCAGAAGUUACAAAGCAUGAUCUGAAUACCGGAUAAUUCCUACUGGAGAGAAACAUUACAAUUGUGGAGAAUGUGGCAAAACCUAUUACCAGUCUUGUGGUCUUAAACAACAUUCAAAAAUUCACCUAUGAGAGAAACCACACGAGUGUGGAGAAUGUUCCAAGGUCUUUUGUACUUACUAAGAACUUGUGAAACACCUCAUAAUUCAUACAAAACUGAAAUACCACAUGUGGAAAAUGUUGCAAACCUUUAUUAAACUUUCUUAUAUUUCUCAAAGUAAUUCAAACUGGAGUGAAAUAAUAGAAAUGUUAAAUAUUCAUAAUAUGUUAACACUUCUUCAGACACUAAAAGCUCCUUCCUGAAUAAAAACCAUAUAAGAUUGAGGAAUGGGGCAAGUAAAGACUUUGGAAUCAUUCACACAAUCAUGCCAAAAGUAGAGCUGUCAGAUUAUGUGUUUGUUCUCCGCAUUUAGGGCUGAUCUUUCCUGGGUGUCUUUUGUUUCUUCUGUUUUAGAAUCAGAACACAUAUUCUAUACCAGUGAGUAGUAAAAAUAGUGUCUUGUUCUUAUGUUGUAAGAGCUCACACAUAAGAGAUUGCCUUGAGUGUCAUGUGACACAUGGACCGUGAGUUUUCAUAGUGUUGUAAUUAUUAAAUCUUUUAUGGACCUUU